AUGGCGGAUGGCGGCGGGGAAUCGGCGGAGUCGACGGCGCUGGAGUUCACACCGACGUGGAUCGUGGCGGGGGUCUGCUCCCUCAUCGUCGUCAUCUCCCUUGCCGCCGAGAGGUGCCUGCAUUACCUCGGCAAGACGUUUAAGGGGAAGAAUCAGAAGGCGCUCUUCGAGGCUCUACUCAAGGUCAAAGAAGAACUGAUGCUUCUGGGGUUCAUCUCCCUGCUCCUGACGGUGUCCCAAGGGAUGAUCCAGAGGACCUGCAUUCCUCCAGAGUGGACCAUGUACAUGCUCCCAUGCCAUAACGACAAGGAACAGGCCGAGCUGAGCCCCUCGGUGGCGCAUGGUCUUGCUGCUGGAAUUUUAGGCCUCAACCGUCGGCGUCUGCUUGACGAGGGUGGGCCAACGGUCCAGCAUUGCCAAAAAAAGGGAGAAGUUCCUUUGCUGUCAGUUGAAGCGCUACAUCAGUUGCAUAUCUUCAUAUUCAUUCUGGCCAUUGCACAUGUGAUUUUCUGUGUUUUGACUAUGCUUUUAGGAAGCGCGAGGAUUCGUCAAUGGAAACACUGGGAGGAUGAAUUUCAGAAGGAUUCUACAGAAAAUGGGCAAAGGAAGGUGACCUAUGUGCAUCAAUGCGAAUUUAUCAGGGAACAUUUCAAGGGUAUUGGCAGAGAUUCGGCAAUAUUGAGCUGGCUGCAUUCUUUUGUUAAGCAGUUUUAUGGAUCAGUUACUAAAUCAGAUUACACUACAAUGCGACUUGGCUUCAUCAUGACACAUUGCCGGGCAAACCCAAAAUUCGAUUUCCACAGAUAUAUGUUACGAGCUUUGGAGGCUGAUUUUAAGAAGGUGGUUGGGAUUAGCUGGUACUUGUGGAUAUUCGUUGUGGUAUUCAUGUUGCUGAAUGUCAAUGGUUGGCAUACAUACUUUUGGAUCUCUUUCAUUCCCCUUAUUCUUCUGCUGGCCGUUGGCACCAAGCUAGAGCAUGUCAUAACUCAGCUAGCAAUUGAGGUAGCCGAGAAGCACUCAGCAAUCGAGGGGGACUUGGUCGUCAAUCCAUCCGAUGAACACUUCUGGUUUGGACGGCCAAAAAUUGUCCUGUACCUGAUCCACUUCAUCCUUUUCCAGAAUGCGUUUGAGAUCGCCUUCUUCUUCUGGAUUCUUACCACCUACGGUUUCAACUCCUGCAUCAUGGACCAUGUCCCAUUCAUCGUGCCGAGGCUCGUCGUCGGGGCCAUCAUCCAACUCCUCUGCAGCUACAGCACCUUGCCUCUGUAUGCAAUUGUCACCCAGAUGGGGACCUUCUUCAAGAAGGAGAUCUUCGACGAGCACGUGCAGCAGAGCCUCGUGGGCUGGGCGCAGAAGGCCAAGAAGAGGAAAGCGCUCAGGAACAACAACGGCAGCGGCGGCGCGGCCGGGUCCGCACACCCGUCGGCGAGGCUCGAGCUGAUGAAGCGGGCCGCCGCUCUCGAAGGAGGCAGCACCGGCGGCCAUGGCAGUGAAGUCUAGUGCCAUCCAGCGUCCAGAAACUCUCGAAGCUGUAGUAGCGAAGGCUUGGGAGACCGUCAGAAGAUGCAAGUGUCCUCGUGCGCGCGGCUUACGCGAGCCGUCAGUGUUUGUCAGAUAACUAGUGUCUGAUUGCCAGAACAGGUGCUCUGGUAUGGUGUUUGUAUGCUUUGGAUUUGUGACUCGCGGCAUGUUAUGGAGUGAGGAGCUUUGUGUA